CAUGCCCACCUUCGACGGUGCGGGAUGGCUGAACGCGGUGAAGAUCCUCAAGUGCAAUGACGACCAGACGAGGAAGUGGUUGCUGCAAGUGGUGCCGAAAUUGGAAGCUCUGUGGGAGGGGGCCAAGCUGGAGGUAGUGGACAGGGAGAUGAUCCCGUCUCUCCCAAAGGCGAAGGUGCCCUUCCCCAUUGCAGUCCAGGGUUACCGAGCACUGAAACUCUUUCAGAGGCAGAAUGCAGACGUGCCAACGGCAGAAUGGAAGAUAUUGCAUGGUGGUAGCCCAUUACCCAAUGAGGGAGGCCAGCACAUGAUCCUCCAGAUCCUCCAGAUCAACAAGGAGGCGGAGGACAUCCUGUACCCGAGACUCGGUAAGAUGGCGUGGGGCGUAGGCAGCGUCUACCUACGUCUCAAAAAGCGCCACCCCGAAGACAAGGACGCGCACACCCUGCAGGCAGGCGAGGUGGAGAAGGACCUCGGUCUGGAGUCCAUCGUGGAGGCCGCCCAAGAUCUUGCGCUGGACAACUCUGAUGUGGCAGAGGACUAGGACAGUGACCUGACAGUAACAGUCAAGCCGUCGAGUGUAGUUGAGCCAGCCUCCCAUGACAUUUAGAGUGCUGCAUAAAAGCAAGGUCGCGUCGGCGGAGCUCCUUAUUGCCUUGGAGCAAGGGCCCGUCGACAUAGCUUUGGUCCAGGAGCCAUGGCUUGCCUCUGGGAAUGCUGCGGCCGGACUAAAGUCCUCUAAUCACAAUCUUUUCCACCCACCAUCGAGCACUGAUGACUUGGCUGCGGUGAUGCUCGAAAGCGAGGACAAGCGCCUUAUGGUAGCGUCCUGCUACAUAGCACACGACAGGCCGCUCCACCGGAGGAGCUAAGGAAUCUGGUGGCGGAAACCAAUCCCAAAGACCAGCAACUUCUAGUUGGUAGAGAGUCCUUAAAAGACCC